AUGCUUUGUCAGAUUCAAUUGAAUAUCCCUCAGAUUGAUGCCUUGAGGGAAAUGCUAGGCUACGCAAAAAUGAUGAAGAACCUGAUGUCACGAAAAUUUGACUUUCAGGAUCUUUCCAUAGUAACUCUGGCACAGACAUGUAGCGCAGUAGUGACAAGACCCAUGGCUCAAAAGAUGUCUGACCCAGGUAGCUUCACUAUUCCGUGUACUAUUGGGAGUUAUGACUUUGCAAAAGCAUUGUGUGACUUAGGAGCUAGCAUAAACUUGAUGCCUUUGGCAAUAUAUACAAAACUGGGCAUUGGAAAAGCUAGACCAACUUCGAUACUGUUGCAACUGGUUGACUGCACGGUUAAAAGGCCGACAGGGAUUCUUGAUGAUGUGCUGGUACAAGUGGGAAAGUUUGUAUUCCCUGCGGACUUUGUUAUUCUAGAUUUCCAGGUAGAUGAGGAGAUACCCAUCAUUAUGGGGAGGCCAUUCUUAGCCACUGGGAGAGCAUUGAUUGAUUGUGAAAACGGGGAAUUGAAAAUGAGGUUAAACGAUGAAGAAGUAAUAUUCAACGUUCAACAAUCCAUGAGGAGACCUAGUGAAUACGCAAAUUGCUCACUAGUGGAAGUUGUGGAUGUGAUCUUGCAUGAAGAUGAUGAGACCCAGAAUGCCAAAGAUCCAUUGGGAGCUUGUUUGACAAAUUUAGAGGAGAUAGAUGGUGAAGGGUUGGCAGAGUGGGUCAUGGCACUUGAAGGCCAAGGAUUCUGGAAGAGGGAACCUCAGUUCGAGCCCCUUGAAUUAGAAAAGAGAGCUACACCACCUGCAAAAUCAUCAAUAAAGGAACCACCAUAG